AUGAAGUCAUCCAUGAAAAUGGGUGUGGUAGCCAUAAUAGGUCUGUUCGUGGUGUUCUACCAAUAUCAUUUGUCUACCAGUGUGAGAUUCGAUCAGAUAAGUGACUUUAACACGGGUGGAUCCGCGGAAGAUGGUGCCGUUCUAUCCCAGGAAGAGGUAGAACGCUACGUAAGGACGUCGAAAUUCAGCGAAGAAAUGAUCAAAAGCGCUGUGCGCAGAGUUCAAGAGAUUAACGGACUUAGUCCAGACAUAGCGUCGAUGUUAGUGCAACAGCUAAUAAAUCAUUUGCACAAGAAUAUCUUCGAGCUGGGCGAGAACAAUUCGAAGAUCGCGCGAUUCGAACCUAGUCGAAACGCCACAUCGAACGAACAGCAAGAAUCGUCGAUGAAGUUGAACAAAACACCGGAACCGCUGUACAUAAUCACGCCGACGUAUCGCCGACCAGAACAAAUACCCGAGCUCACCAGGAUGUCGCAUACUUUGAUGUUGGUAAAGAACAUUUACUGGCUCGUUAUCGAGGACGCGACCGUUGCUACCAAACAAGUCACGAGGCUGCUGGAGCGAACAGGAUUGAAGUUCGAGCAUCUGACGGCUCCAAUGCCUGAGAAGUAUAAGCAGAAAAAGGGUGCCAAACCACGAGGCGUAUCUAAUCGAAAUCGUGGCUUGCAAUGGAUCAGAGCGAAUGCGACCAAUGGCGUUUUUUAUUUUGCUGAUGACGAUAAUACCUAUGACAUAACUCUUUUUGACGAGAUCCGUAAAACGAAACGAGUCUCCAUGUUCCCCGUUGGAUUAUGCACCAAAUUUGGUUUAAGUUCUCCCAUCAUUAAAAACGAGAAGUUCGUUGGAUUUUACGACGGUUGGAUCGCUGGACGAAAAUUCCCGGUCGAUAUGGCAGGUUUCGCGGUAAGCGUGAAGUUUCUACUUCAGAGGCCAAAUGCAUCGAUGCCGUUUAAGGCUGGUUACGAGGAAGACGGUUUUCUGAAAAGUUUGGCGCCAUUCGAACCAAAGGACAUCGAAUUCUUGGCCGACAACUGCACCAAGGUGCUCGCUUGGCACACGCAAACAAAAAAGAAUGAACCAAGUGUGCCCCUUGAUAUGAAACUAUAUGGUGAAACGAACCUAGUUAAACUGAAACAACAAAUAGUAUGAUGUAGUCUGACUACGAUUGCACUUCCGAGUUCGAUCUGAUUUUAAUCAUUAAUAAGUACGACAAACAAAGUGAUUCAGUGCCUGAAGUAUUGUAAAGUACGAUUGGCGUAGCAAUGAUCUUCUUUUCUGGUUUUUUAUUGAUUGACUGGUUGAACAAAGUUAUUUCCCUUGUUAUAAAAAGACACUAUAUAGGCUAUCUUUUUACGUUGCUGUUUUCUUGAACAGACUGUAAAGUGGAAUUAUGAUCUACGAUAGAAUCAUAUUAGAUUAUUUCAUGUUAUUCCAUCUUAUGUAGAUUAUUUAAUCUUGAGCGACUGAUAGAUUUGAAACAAAAUAUAGCUUUCUUUAUAACUCAAAAUUUUUAAAAGAAGCUAAUGUGCGAAGAAAAUGGGAACUAACUAAACUUUGUUGCAGUGGUAUGUUUCUGUAUAGCAUAGAGUAUAGAGCGUUAUUUUACAUAUUAACGUAUUAAUUUUAGUUGUAAUGAAUAAUAUAUAAUGCAUAGGGUAAAGACCAAUUAGCGCGAGAAAAGUAAUUCGAUUGAGUUACGAUAAAACUAAGAGAACUAUGAGAAAGAAAGAUCUUUACUGUUCAGUAUAUACAACUUCUUGCAUUAUCUUCCGUUUCGCCUUGCAAGUUGUUUGUUUUCUGUGUAGGUACCCUAAAUUUGAUAUGUGUUCAACGGAUCAAUUUUUUUUAGAAUUCCACAGUGAAUAGCGUUCAUCAAAUCUUUAGUGAAACAGAAUAAAUGCAAGUUACCUUUUAUACUUAUCGUUGUUGUACAAAUAUUGUUUUAUAGUAUAUUUCUAUAACAGCGUAAUAUAUUUUUGUCUUAUGAAACAACGAACAAAUACAAAGUGUUUUGCGAAAUAGCAAAUAGGAAACCUUAAUAUUUUAACGUUCUGUUUUUAUAGUUAGGAUCCUUAAUAUUAUUAGUUCAUAUUAUUUUGUGUUACUUUUAAGGAGAUUGCCUACGUGUAUAAUAUAAUGUAUUAUGAAAUUAGUCAGUCUUAAAUGAAAAAAAGAAAACGUCGAUAAAGGAAGACAUUAUGCACACCGGUUUUUAAUGGAUUGUAUGAAAUAUCGUAAGAUUAUAGAUAGUUCGCGGCAGGAAGAACUUCGAUCGUCGAACGUGAAUUCAUAUCGAAUGCAUGCGUAGAUAGGAAACAAAUGAAAUGUAACGAAGCGUUUCAAAAGGUCUGUAACCAAAUCUCGCAAAGAAAUGCUAAUUUAUACGGCUUUUAAAUGAUCAACGAUUAAAGUCGAAAGUAGAGUAUAAUAUGGAAAUUAAAAAGUUAUUUUGAAAUUUUAAUAGACCUUUUGAAGCUUCAUCUUAAUAUGCAACAUUAACCUACCAAAGUAAUGCAAGUGAUAUACAAAAAAAAAAUCUAAGUUAAACAGAGAUAUUUUUUAGUUCUUGAUUAUUGGAACUCGAUGUUUCAUUAUCAAAACGUUUAAGUUCUCCGCGCUCUUGUUGCUCAAAAUAAAUAAGAAAAAUAAUUUAGAAUGCUGCACGCAUCUGUAACAAUAUUAUCUAGUCUAACAACGUUGUAAUGAAUAUUAAAAUUAUCAAAAAGUCUAUUACCGCAGUGUCGAGCGAAUAUAAUUGUAUAUUACAUAUUUCUUUGAAAAUUCACAGGACAAACGCAAAUUCAUUUUUUAUAAUUUUUUGAAAUAUUCGAUAUUGAAGAUUUUACAGUAGUGCUGCGUUAACUGACCGACAUUUUUGAACAUCAAGGAUAAUUGGAAUUUUCUAGGAUUAUACCUCCUUUAAUAACUGGCCAGAAGUCCCAACCCGUGGCCAAUUAGCGAAGCACUAUUAUAAUCUUUAUGUUACAAACUAUAAAUAUAUUUAUAUAUAUUAGCCAGAUUUUAUCGACACAUAAACAUAAUUUUGUGAAAGCGUAUCGAGCACAACGUGUAAAUUGUUAAACCAAGUCUGCAAUUUCCUGCAAUUUACUCGUACUCUAAUUAAGCGGAGAUACUAUAUCAUGAAAGCAAUAAACUCGUUGUUAGAUAA